UAUAAUUAAAAAUGUUUGAUAAAAGUUUUGAAAGUUAUACAAAUUGGUUGAUUACAGUCGCCAUCGGUUUAAUAACAGUAUAUUUAGUAAAAUUUUAUGCCAAAGUUUAUUCCCUACCCCGGGGGCCGUUCCCACUCCCGGUUGUGGGUAAUAUAUUGCUGUUCAGAAAUACAAAAGUGAAUCAAUUCGAGACAAUCACUGAAUUGCAUAAAACCUAUGGACCGGUGUAUACGCUAUGGUUGGGUUGGCAGCCAUUGGUGUCCAUCUCUGACUAUAAUUUAAUUAAAACCGGAUUUAAUUCCAAGAAUAAUGAAUUGAUGGGAAGAAACAGAAUUGGUUUCGCAAAAAUACUACUUCAGGGCGGAUGUGAUGUCGUGUUCACAGAUCACGGGCCAGUUUGGGCCAGUCUUAGACGUGUCGCACACUCGGCGGUCAGAAAACUAGCCAUAAGUGAGAGGUUGUCUGAUUUGGUGGACGAUGUCGUCGACGAGACCGUUCAGACCAUGAAGAAGACACACCCGAUUGGCACACCAUUUAAUCCCAAGAGUUUUAUUUACGCCAAUGUAGUCAAUAUAAUCGCUUCGUCCACUUUUGGCAAACGGUAUCAGUUCGGAGACGAAGAGCUGAAGUUCAUUGAGAAUAGUUUUGAAUGCUUUAGAGCCAACACUACUGAUCUGGUUCUUGUGGAUCAGAUGCCUGUCCUGCGACUCGUCCCGAAAUACGCCAAAACUGCGGCCAAAACUAUACAAACACUUGAGGCGAUGACCACUAGAGUUAAACAGCAAUACUUGUCUCGCCUGAACUGGCCGGUUCGGACAGUUGAGUCAUACAAAACGCUACCUAAGAUGAUAACUACCGUUUGUUGUGACUUUACGUCUAAGUCUACUCCCUACUCUAGCUCAGACACUAGCCGCUAUCUCACCGGCAACAUAUUGGCCAUAACACAAGACCAGACUCUAUGGCCAAAUCCCGAAGUGUUUGAUCCCAAGAGGUUUCUCACAAGUGAUGGUAACUUCACGUCAAACAUCCCGGGCUUUCAUCCCUUCGGAAUCGGACGGCGCGUAUGUUUGGGCGAAAAGCUGGCGCUCGCGGACCUGUUCUUCAUAACAGUGCGUCUCUUGAAGUCGACCAAUGAGUGUGUGUUUGCGUUACCGACGGGCGACGGAUCCGCGGACUUACGGCCCGACCCUAACAUACUAUUGCUGUGCUCUCCUAAGCCCUACGAAAUUAUGCUUAAAAUGAGAUAA